AUGGGAGGAAGUGCAGUUGACGAUGAUUGGGAGUUAUUUGGUACGCCUCAAAACGAGGUUCGAACUGUAGUUUUAGUCGGCCGAACUGGAAAUGGUAAAAGCGCAACUGGAAAUAGUAUCCUUGGUAGAAGGGCAUUUAAGUCUAUGUCUAGCUCUGCUGGUGUCACUAGCACAUGUGAGCUGCAGACUACAACUCUCGGAGAAGGGCAAAUCCUUAAUGUGAUCGACACCCCUGGGCUGUUUGAUUUUUCUGCUGAGCCGGAGUUUAUCGGGAAGGAAAUUGUUAAGUGCAUUAGUAUGGCCAAGGAUGGUAUACAUGCUGUUCUUGUUGUACUAUCUGUGAGGUCUCGUUUUUCGAGAGAAGAAGAGGCUGCCGUGCAGAGCUUGCAGAAAUUCUUUGGUAGCAAAAUUAGUGAUUAUAUGGUUGUGGUCUUCUCCGGCGGUGAUGACCUGGAAGAAAAUGAUGAAACUCUGAAUGAUUACUUGGGUCGAAGCUGUCCUGAGCCUUUGAAGGAAAUUCUCCGGAUGUGUGGCAAUAGAUGUGUUUUGUUCGAUAACAAGACAAAAGAGGCAGACAAGAAAUCCAAACAACUGAAACAACUUAUUUCCCUUGUGAACUCUGUUGUGGACAAAAAUGGUGGGAAGCCAUACACUGAUGAGCUGUUUAUCGAGCUCAAGAAGGGAGCAAUGAAGCUGCACGACCAAACUGCAGAAGUUAAUGCCAUGGAAGGGUACUCAAAACAAGAGAUAUCCUGUCUAAAGGAUCAGUUUCACAAAGCGUACGAGGAACAACUCAAGAGGAUAACCGAGAUGGUCGAGUCAAAGCUCAAGGAGACCACUCAUAGGCUCGAGCAGCAACUUGCGGAGGAGCAAAGUGCAAGGCACAAAGCAGAGGCACUGGCUCAGGCUGCUCAAAUGAAAUCAAACGAUGAAAUCCGUAAACUGAGGGAGCAUUUGGAGAGGGCUCAGAAGGAGACCGAGGAGCUACGCAAGCAUGCUCAAAGUGGCAGAUGUGCUAUUUUGUGA